ACUGGUCUUUUAUAUGAAACCCAUGUAAACUUCCGGUCUCAUGGUGGUUCUCCCGUCUGCUUCUUAGUUAGAAAGACAAGCAUGUGUUUAUGAUGUGUUAUGUUCGUACGAAUAAGGGAAACUAACGGGAGUCAAGCAGGGAAAUGUUUCACAUCAGCACACAGAGAAAGUACUGGACAUUCAAAGAUGACCAGGAGCUUGUCUUGCUGCGGACAGAAGCAAACGAGAAAUGUAUCAACAGUAUUGCGGGCAACAUGACAGAUGAAGAGAGGUCUCGACAUUUCCUGACCGCACAGGAGGAGAGGCUGCUGUGUCGGCAUUUUGAGUUUGUGAUGAAGGAAUUUUGUGGGAAGUUUCAACCUCCGAUGCCAAAAUGUGUUGUUGGUACUGCAAUAAAUUUCAUGAAGAGAUUCUAUGUGAACAACUCUGUGAUGGACUACCACCCAAGAGAUAUCAUGCUCACGUGUGUAUACCUGGCUUGUAAGGUUGAAGAGUUCUACGUGCCGAUUGGUCAGUUUGUAGGCAACCUAAAGGGCAAUCGGGAAAAGUUCGCUGACAUCGUUCUUGGAUUCGAGUUGUUGCUGAUGCAGAGACUACACUAUCACCUGACAAUCCACAACAUGUACAGACCGCUGGAGGGGUUGUUCAUAGACUUGAAAACUCGAUAUCCCCAGAUGGGUGACCCUGAGAAGUUACGACGCUAUGCAGAGGACUUUAUUGACAAGAGUCUGGGCACUGAUGUUUCCCUGUUGUUUGCACCGUCGCAGGUGGCUCUGGCUGCACUACUCAGUAGCGCAUCAAGGGAACAGAUCAUCAUGGACAGCUAUGUGACCGAGGUCCUGCUAGCCGGGGCCUCUCAGGAGGAACUAAGAAAGACCAUCACCCUUAUCAAGAAGAUCAAGAUGAUGGUGAAGAACCAGGACACGCUGCAGCGCGACGUUGUGCAGCUCAUCCAGCGCAAACUGGAGAAGUGCCGCAACCAGGAGAACAACCCCGAGAGUGAAGUGUACAAACGUAAGAUGGAGGAGAUGUUUGAAGAUGAGGACGAAAUGCGAUCACAGAAGAGGGCACGGAUAGAUGAGGAAACAAGAGUUGCUGAUAGUGAAUUGCUGGUUUAGCAGCAACAUCGUCAACACCUGAAUCAUUCAUGGGGAUUCAUUGAAUCAUGACUUGUAUAUUAUCCUAUCAUAUCCUUCAUGGAAUCCAGCUAUAUGAUUAGCUAAUGACCGUCAUGUGACUCAAGUCGGCUGGCUGCUCUGUACUGAGGUCAUGACACCAUAGUUUGAUGAUAUAAAUCAUCCUGGGGGAGCCUGUUUACAUGUAAAGUGAUCAUCCCUUGGCUGUCACAAGAAUCUUCAAUAACAAGAUGUUCUGGAUUUUCCUGAAAGUUUUUGUACACUAUUUGACCUUGGUCCAUUUGACCUUGGUCCAUCAAGCUCGUAAAAUCCACACAAUUACGGGGGCACAGGUGGCCCAGUCGUCUAAGGUGUCGCGAUUCGCUGUGCAGAGUUGCGUCCCUUGGGCACGCCAGAAACCUAUGAUUGUGGGUUCGAAUCCCGGUUCGCCCAGAUUAUGUUUCUAGG